AUGACCUCUUCAAUACAUUCACUGGUAUUGUACUGUGGCAAAGAGGGCUGCUGCUGGAGAAUCGUGUUUAUGUCGGAUUGGUCUGCUUCGCAAUUAUCUUACUCCAUUUCAGAGGAGGUGAACAAAGGCACCGUGGUGGGAAAUAUCGCAAAAGAUUUGAAUUUGAAAGUGCAAGAGCUAGAGACCAGAGAUCUACGUAUUGUUUCGAGUUACAGUAAGAAAUAUUUUGACGUAAAUUUGCGGACUGGAAAUCUAUUUGUUUAUGAGCGAAUAGACAGAGAAAAGCUUUGCCCGAACAUGGCACAAUGCUCCCUAAGAGUACAAGAAGUUUUAAGCAAUCCAAUGAAUGUACACCGCAUUGAGAUCAAUGUUUUAGAUAUAAACGAUAACUCGCCAGAAUUCAUUGAACAGAUCCAUUGGUUAAACAUCUCUGAAUCGACAACACCGGGAGAGCGAUAUUUUCUCCCAAUAGCGGUAGAUGCAGACAUAGGCAGCAACACAGUUAAGACAUACAAGCUGAGCCAAAAUGAUCAUUUCUCGCUUGAUGUGCAGAGCGGUGGAGAACACGGUGUGUCUGCUGAGUUAGUUCUGCAGAAAGCCUUAGAUCGAGAGAAACAGUCGGUCAUCACACUUCUUCUCACCGCUGUAGAUGGAGGAAAACCUCCUAGAUCGGGUACAUUGCAGAUACGUGUUAAUGUAUUAGAUGCGAAUGAUAAUGCCCCGACGUUUAGUACAUCGCUGUACAAAGUCCGUGUCAGUGAAAAUGCUGCACACGGAACAGUGGUAAUUCAGUUAAAUGCAACAGAUUUAGACGAGGGCAUGAACAGUAAGAUCCUAUACUCCCUGAUGAAGCGAGGCAAUAUUGAUCCUUCAAAUAUUUUUGAUCUAAAUUCAGAAACUGGAGAAAUCACUGUGAAAGGUAAUUUAGACUAUGAGGAAACGCCUGCUUAUGAAGUCAGAGUUCAAGCAAUGGACCAGGGACAUUCUCCUCGUAGUGCUCAUGCUAAACUACUGAUAGAGAUAAUUGAUGUGAAUGACAAUGCCCCAGAAAUAUAUGUGACGUCACUGAUGACCCCUGUAAAAGAAGACGCAGAAUUGGGGACAAUCGUUGCUUUAGUUACAGUGAGUGAUAAAGAUGGAGGAAACAAUGGUGUAACCAACUGUAAGGUAAUGGGGUCUGUUCCCUUUAAACUGAAGUCUAACUACAAACAUGACUAUUCAUUAGUAGUAGACGGACCGCUGGACAGAGAAAACACUUCUCUUUACAAUGUCACCAUUGCAGCCACAGACGAAGGAAGUCCGCCUCUGUCCAGUAUCAGGGUCAUUACUGUUCAUGUUUGUGACGUCAAUGACAACGCACCUCGUUUCAUGGAGCCUGUGAUUAAUGUUUAUGUAAAAGAAAAUAGUCCGAUGGGCUCCGUCAUUUAUACGAUAAGUGCGUUUGAUCCUGAUUUGGACACUAAUGCCAAACUGACGUAUACAUUAUUAGACAAUUAUCCAAGAAACGUUCCGAUUUCAUCAGUUUUAAAUAUAAACUCAGAGACAGGGGAUAUACUCACACUGCAAUCUUUUAACUUUGAGGAGUUAAAAACGUUUCAGUUUAAAGUUCAGGCCACAGACUCUGGUGUUCCUCCGCUCAGCAGCAACGUGACUGUCAACGUUUUUAUUCUGGAUGAAAAUGACAAUAAUCCAGCUGUUCUGGCGCCCUAUUCUGAGCACGGCUCCGUUAACAGUGAGAGCAUCCCCUAUUCUGCUGAAGCGGGAUACUUUGUGGCAAAGAUCAGGGCUGUAGACGCAGACUCUGGAUACAAUGCUCUGCUUUCUUAUCACCUGUCUGAGCCCAAAGGAAACAACCUCUUCCGGAUCGGAACCAGCACCGGGGAGAUAAGGACUAAGAGGAGAAUGAGUGACAAUGACCUGAAAACUCACCCCUUGGUGGUGUUGGUUUCUGAUAAUGGAGAAACCUCCCUGUCAGCUACUGUGUCUAUUGAUGUGGUGGUGGUUGAAAGCACAGCUGACAUCCAGACUCAGUUCAGACAUGUUCCUGUGAAGGAGGACAGUUUCUCUAAUAUAAACCUGUAUCUGCUGAUCGCCAUUGUGUCGGUGUCAGCGAUAUUUCUGCUGAGCCUCAUCAGUUUAAUAUCUGUCAAAUGUCACAGGACAGACGGCAGUUUCAGCAGGUACAGCGCCCCAAAGAUCACCACCCACCCUGAUGGGAGCUGGUCUUACUCUAAAGCUACUCAGCAGUAUGACGUGUGUUUCAGCUCAGACACACUCAAAAGUGACAUGGUGGUUUUCCCCGCACCGUUUCCACCUGGAGAUGCGGAGCUGAUCAGUAUUAACGGAGGAGACACUUUUACUAGGACUCAAACUUUACCCAACAAAGAAAAGGUAGGAUAUACAUUUGUAAGGCCUUUUCCUGGUUUCUUAUGA